GGUAUCAAAAAUGAUGUUCGACCGGCGCUUCUUCGCACUGGUCGUCCUUCUCUGUGUAUCGGCAGUUCGUUCCACGGAAGAUGCUUCAGAUGAUGAGCUGAACUACGAAAUGGACGAAGGAGUCGUUGUGCUCACUGACAAGAACUUUGAUGCCUUCCUCAAGAAAAAUCCAAGUGUUUUAGUGAAGUUCUACGCUCCAUGGUGUGGCCACUGCAAGCACUUGGCUCCGGAAUACGAGAAAGCAUCUUCAAAAGUGUCAAUUCCACUGGCCAAAGUCGAUGCAACCGUCGAAACAGAACUCGGAAAGAGAUUCGAAAUUCAAGGAUAUCCAACUCUCAAAUUCUGGAAAGAUGGAAAAGGUCCAAACGAUUAUGAUGGAGGUAGAGAUGAAGCUGGAAUUGUUGAAUGGGUUGAGUCGAGAGUUGAUCCAAAUUAUAAGCCACCACCAGAGGAGGUGGUUACUUUGACAACUGAAAAUUUCGAUGAUUUCAUUUCCAACAACGAGUUGGUUCUUGUUGAAUUCUAUGCUCCAUGGUGUGGACAUUGCAAGAAGUUGGCUCCAGAAUAUGAGAAGGCUGCCCAAAAGUUGAAGGCUCAAGGAUCAAAGGUUAAGCUAGGAAAGGUUGAUGCUACAAUUGAGAAGGAUCUUGGAACCAAGUAUGGAGUCAGUGGAUACCCAACAAUGAAGAUCAUCAGAAAUGGAAGAAGAUUUGAUUAUAACGGACCACGAGAGGCUGCUGGAAUCAUCAAGUACAUGACUGAUCAAUCGAAGCCAGCUGCUAAGAAAUUGCCAAAACUGAAGGAUGUCGAACGAUUCAUGAGCAAAGAUGACGUCACUAUUAUUGGAUUCUUUGCCACCGAAGACUCAACUGCAUUCGAAGCAUUCUCUGAUUCCGCUGAAAUGCUCCGUGAAGAGUUCAAAACAAUGGGACAUACAUCAGAUCCAGCUGCAUUCAAGAAGUGGGAUGCCAAGCCAAAUGACAUUAUUAUCUUCUAUCCAUCUCUGUUCCACAGCAAAUUUGAGCCAAAGAGCAGAACAUACAACAAGGCUGCUGCCACAUCAGAGGAUCUUUUGGCUUUCUUCCGUGAACAUUCUGCACCACUUGUUGGAAAAAUGACCAAGAAGAACGCAGCAACAAGAUACACGAAAAAACCAUUGGUUGUUGUAUAUUAUAAUGCUGAUUUCUCCGUUCAAUAUAGAGAAGGAAGUGAAUACUGGAGAUCCAAAGUUUUGAAUAUUGCUCAGAAAUAUCAAAAGGACAAGUACAAGUUCGCUGUUGCUGAUGAAGAGGAGUUUGCCAAAGAACUUGAAGAGCUUGGACUUGGAGAUUCUGGACUUGAGCAUAAUGUAGUUGUAUUUGGUUAUGAUGGAAAGAAAUAUCCAAUGAAUCCAGAUGAGUUUGAUGGAGAACUUGAUGAGAAUCUUGAAGCAUUCAUGAAACAAAUCAGUAGUGGAAAGGCCAAGGCUCACGUGAAGAGUGCUCCAGCUCCAAAAGAUGAUAAGGGACCAGUUAAAACCGUUGUUGGAUCCAACUUUGAUAAGAUUGUCAAUGAUGAAUCAAAGGAUGUACUUAUUGAGUUUUAUGCUCCAUGGUGUGGACAUUGCAAGAGCUUUGAAUCAAAAUACGUUGAAUUGGCUCAAGCUUUGAAGAAGACCCAGCCAAAUGUUGUUCUCGCCAAGAUGGACGCCACGAUUAACGAUGCUCCAAGCCAGUUCGCAGUUGAAGGCUUCCCAACUAUCUACUUUGCUCCAGCUGGAAAGAAGAGUGAACCAAUCAAAUAUUCUGGAAAUCGUGAUUUGGAAGAUCUCAAGAAGUUCAUGACCAAGCACGGUGUGAAGUCGUUCCAGAAGAAGGACGAGUUGUAAACAAUUCAGAAGGAGCAAUAAUUCUGUGAUAUUUAAACUAAUUUCUCUUUGUUUCUUUGUUAUGAGUAUUUAUUUUUAGUUCUUGUUCAUCAUGCUUUUUUUGUCACUUUUCCCUCCCCAAUCCCAUAUUCCUCUGCUUUUCUCUCAUUUUCGGUUACGUGUAUUAAUUGAAUGUAUACGACGACGACAGUCACUAGUUUCGAAAUAACUAUUUUACGAGGAUGAAUAAACACACUGAUCGCUGA